AUGGCGCAGGUCAACCAUGUCGAAUGCCCUGGUGAACCCACUCUUCAGCUAUCCUUGAUUCCAUCGACAUGGGAAACAGAGGUUCGCCAUCUCAAUAUGAGUGACUGCCGAGAGGCUGGUCUUGCUCUUGCGCAGAGCUUCGCUGCUGAUCCGCUGUCCCUUUAUCUUAUGGGCGUGGACGAGGCAACCUAUUGGUCGUCUGAGAAGACCUGGAAGCUACAUGUUCGACUCAUGCAGUAUUCUUAUGCUUCGUACCGGCUGAGGGGUAUUGCUACGUCCAUUGGACCGGACUAUGACGCUGUUGCGCUGUGGAUGCCACCCGGAACAACUAACGACGACUGGUUUGCUACCAUCUUCAGCGGAACGUGGCGUUUAUGGUAUCAGCUCCCACGCGAGUGUCGGAAACGACUCUUUGAUGAGAUGUUCCCAGUCUUGCAUAAUACCAAGGCCGAGGUUCUGGGAGAUCGAAACAACAAUAGCUAUCACCUUGGCUUCAUUGGCACAAAAGCGAGCGCCAGGGGCAGGGGAUAUGCCACCAAGCUGCUGAGGCAUAUGAUGGCCAAGGCUGACGCUGAAGACCGGGCCAUGUACCUCGAGUCAUCCAACGUGUGCAACAACCGCUUCUACGCCAAGUUUGGAUUCGAAAUGAAGAAGGAAAUCGCCUUGGUUCGAGGCCCUGUACCCAUCCGCCUAUAUUGCAUGAUUCGAGAGCCCCAAAACGACAAGGCUAGCAGCUCUACUAGUACGGGGAGCGAGAAGUAG